ACACCUCAUCUUCCAGAAGGGGGCGUGGCCCGCAGGAAGUUCUCGCUUUACGGAAAGGAAAGUGUUUCCGGCUCCGGUGUCAUGGCCAGCUCCUACACUGAAGGUGUUCCUGCAGUCCUCGCCGAUAAGAGGCAGCAGUUCGGGAGCCGGUUACUGAGCGAUCCAGCGCGCGUCUUCCACCACAAUGCCUGGGACAAUGUGGAGUGGUCGGAAGAGCAAGCCGCAGCGGCGGAGAGAAAAGUCCAGGAGAACAGUACCCAGCGGGUGUGCCAGGAGAAGCAAGUUGAUUAUGAGAUCAAUGCCCACAAAUACUGGAAUGACUUCUACAAAAUCCACGAAAAUGGGUUUUUCAAGGAUAGACAUUGGCUUUUUACUGAAUUCCCUGAGCUGGCACCUAGCCAAAAUCAAAAUCAUUUGAAGGAUUGGUUCUUGGAGAACAAGAGGAGUGAAAUAUCUGAAUGUAGAAACAAUGAGGAUGGACCUGUUUUAAUAAUGGAAGAACAGCACAAGUGUUCUUCGAAGAGCCUUGAACAUAAAACACAGGUGCCUCCUGUGGAGGAGAAUGUAACUCAGAAAAUUAGUGACCUGGAAAUUUGUGCUGAUGAGUUUCCUGGAUCCUCAGCCACCUACCGAAUACUUGAGGUUGGUUGUGGUGUGGGAAACACAGUCUUUCCAAUUUUACAAACAAAUAAUGACGCAGGACUCUUUGUUUACUGCUGUGAUUUUUCUUCCACGGCUAUAGAACUGGUCCAGACAAAUUCAGAAUAUGAUCCUUUUCGGUGUUUUGCCUUUGUUCACGACCUGUGUGAUGAAGAGAAGAGUUACCCAGUACCCGAGGGCAGUCUCGAUAUUAUCAUUCUCAUAUUUGUUCUUUCAGCAAUUGUUCCAGACAAGAUGCAGAAGGCUAUCAACAGGCUGAGCAAGCUUCUGAAACCUGGGGGGAUGAUGCUUCUGCGAGAUUACGGCCGCUAUGACAUGGCUCAGCUUCGGUUUAAAAAAGGUCAGUGUCUAUCUGGAAAUUUCUAUGUGAGAGGUGAUGGAACCAGGGUUUACUUCUUCACGCAAGAGGAACUGGAUGUGCUUUUCACCACUGCUGGGUUGGAAAAGGUUCAGAAUCUGGUGGAUCGGCGCCUGCAGGUAAACCGAGGGAAGCAACUGACAAUGUACCGGGUUUGGAUUCAGUGCAAAUACCGCAAGCCUCUUCUGUCCAGCACCAGCUGAGCGGCACCUGCUGCUGACAUGAUGCAAGCUCAUUGUGUUUCCGGGCGUUUUUCAAAAACAUCUGUAGCACCAGGCAUGGUGGUGCAUGCCUGUAAUCCCAGCCACUCAGGAGGCUGAGGCAGGGAGGAUCCACACCCGGGAGUCCAGCCUGGGCAACAUAGUCAGAUCCUGUCUCUGAAAGUAAUAAUGAAAAUAAAAAGAAUACAAAUGAGGUCUGUCGAUGUUGAACAAUUCAAGAAAUCAGACUUGAACCUUAAACCUAGGAAAAGUUACUUUGUAUCAGGAUUCUAACAAUUGUGCUUUAUAUUUGUGAAGUCCUUUAAACAUAAUUUUCUCAAGUUCUUUCUUUGAGAUCUCAAUCUGUCUUAGCAUUUUGUAAUAACUGAAAUUUUAUCCAUGGGAAUUGUAAAUUUUAAAACACCAAUUUAUUUCCAUGGGAAAAAAGUAUUAUUAUAUUUUACUGUAAUUGCAUUAAAUCUUUGGAGAGUACAAAUGCCCAGCUAUGCAAUUUCAGUAAAUACAUACAGAGGUUAGUGAAGAGCUAUUAAGUUGUAGGGGAAAUAAGCUGGGAAAAAUCCGAUUAGAUAUUGUCCUGACACAAAAAUGACGCUAUAGUGGGCAUCAGAAUGUGGUAUUCUUGUUAAGUAAUUGAUCCUAGUCUUCACUUUAAAUCUUAGUCCUGCUCACGCCUGUAAUCCCAGCACUUUGAGAGUUUGCAGUAAGCUGAGAUCAGGCCACUGUACUCUAGCCUGGGUGACAGAGCAAUACUCUGUCUGAAAAAAUAUAUAUAUAUUAAUUUAAAUGAUUCUCUAAAGACUAUCCUUCAGCAUCCCUAAAGCAUUUCAAAGCUAUAGGAACAGUUUUUAUUCUAUCUUUCUGGCACCUGGUUUGGGCUUUGGGCUUAGGUUAAAAAGAUGAGCCUUUUCCUGCCCCUGAUCCCUUUUCAAUGACAUCUGCUAAGCUCGACUUUUUAUCUGUUAGACCAAGUUGAACUCUGUAAGGGAUUUUGCAUAACGUUUCAUUUUCAGAAUCUCUAAGGAUGGGCAGAGGACAGUUAAAUGUGUUGUGGGGAUUAAAAUGUAUGACCUCAGUGCCACUUAAAAAAUAAAUACUGUCUCAACUAUGA